CAGAGUUGUGCAACAUUGGGUGUGGUUAUCUUCCAGAGGGGAAACGAUAAGCAGAGCUAGCUUGGUGGAACUCACUACACUCUUUCACUUGCUCACACACUGCAUAUACAAACACACAAAACUCCUGAACCCAAUCAGUCUCACUCUGACUGGACGAAGAAAAGGGAGUGGGAACAGCAAGUCUGAGAGAGCAACCGCGUGCCAGCACAGAGAAACAAGAGAGUGAGGGAACAACCAAAAAAGAAAUUAGACAUGAAGGACAAAGUGAAGAGAGGAGGAGGAGAUCAGGGAACGUCAGAUGCACUCACACUGACCAUUGGGAAAACAGCUGCGGGUAUGAAGCAGGAAGACAACCCAUCAUUCCUUGUGAAGAUCCAGGGGGCAGGAGUAGAACCAUUUGAGCUGCAGGUCCAUGGUUUCUGGCUGGUUCAGGAGGCUGUGAUGGCAGUGUUGGGGAGAGAGGAGGUGUUUCCUCGCUCCAGCCUCUCAUUGGCCCUCUCUGGGAUGACCCUUGACCCCCUGACAGAGCUGCAGGGCCUGAAGAACCUCAGACCAGGAGCCACGCUCCGCCUGGUGGAGGAGCCGUACUCCCCCAGGUCUGCAAAGGUUCAUCUGGCUCGUGUGCUGGAGCUGUUGAGAGCUGUUGGGCCAAACAACGCUCUGAUAGAGGGACGAUCACCUAGCCUCCUGGACACACUGACACACAAACACUCUAAAGACUCUGCUGUCCCAGCCAAUGGGAAAGGCCUGAAAUGCUCGUCCAGCAACACAAAGACUGACCCGGCCAAUCAGGAUGGAGCUCCUCCUGAGUACCUCCUCCCUGGAGCCGCUGAGAGACCACUACUGGCCAUGCUGCCUCACAACACUCAGCCAGAGGUUCCCAGUUUUCUGCAGGACCUGUCACUCAGCUGUUGGAACCCGCCCCCUGGGCACAGAAAGCUGCAAGGGGACUUCCUGUACAUCACUGUGGUGACCCUGGAGAGUCGCAAGUGUGACAUCACAUCCUGUCCAAGAGGAUUCUUCCUGAAUAGGUCUACAGUAGAGGUGUUUGAUCCUCGGCCAACCUCGUCCUCUCCAGUCAGCCACUGCCUCACUGACCUGCUGUCUCACAUCAGCCCUGCCUUCAAACAGGCUCUCGCCGCUCUCAGAGCCAGGCCUCAACUGCCCCCAGUAGAAACGAUGCCGACUCCCUACCGCACACUGAGCUGGCUGGGUCAACCAUCAGCCUCCCACUCCCACAGAAACCCUCUUAGCAGGCUGGGACUGGAUCAACCCUCUGGAGCACAGGCUCCAGACUGGAACGAGGAGCUGCAGGCAGCCAGAGAUCUGCCUCAGGGGAGUCAGGAGGAGAGACUACAGAGAGACAGAGCUCUACUACAGGUGAACAGUGCGUUUGUGUGGGCAGUGGCCCAGGGUGCGGAGACUGUUAUUGACGGCUGUGUAGAGCCAAUCAGUGGAGGUCCUGAUGACCCCGCCUUUCUGUGGGGCGGGCUGUUCCUGAGCCAGGGAGGAGCAGGGAUGGCGUUAGGGGGCGAGAGGGGACGCAGGGUGGCCCAGAGGCUGGAGCUGAGGGGUGUACAGUCAUACAGUGACCUAGAGGGGGCGCUCCAGGGCCUCCACACCCUGCCCACCGCCACCGUGGACUAUAGGGGGAUCCGUCUGUCUGCCCAAGGCCUGGCCCCCGGCCUGGAGGGCCCAGAGCAGGACCAGGGCCCCUCUGCUCCUACCAGGGGUAUUCUAUACGGGGUGGGUGCUAGGCCCCAGGAGUCCCCCCACCGACGUUGUCUCUUGGAGCUGCUGGCCCAGGCUGCUAAAGGCCUCAACCUGCAGAGACACGCUGUAGUGGGGCCCAACGGCCACCAGGUGCCUCUGUUCACCGCACUGGAUGCCCAGGGGCUGCUGGGGGCUGAUGGGAGGUUCUAUCUGCUAGACCUCUUCAGGAGCCUGCCGGCCGAUGCCAACUACUGCCCUGAGGGAGGUAGACAGAGAGAGCAGGUGGAGAAGAAGGAGGGAUCAGGGGAGGAGGGCUGGCCAGAGCAGUACCAGAGCACUUCAGGUCUGCCCAGGAGGUUCCCUCAUGGCCUCUGUAGGCUGAGACCAGAGCUGCUGCAGGCCUUCAUCCAGGACAAACGGUCCCAGUUCACUCGCCGCUGCAAAGAAAGGAUGGAAGAGAAUGGAGGGGUGGAGGAGUGUGUAAAAGCAGGUGACCCUCGAGGUACAGAUGCAGUGAGAGGUGCUUGUAAAGAUGUGGGAUCAGUCAGUGACAUCAUCUUUGAGAUGCGCUUCAAUCCCAGCGUGUUCUCCCCAGACGUGGCGUUCCCCAAGAGUGACCAUGAGGCCGUGAGGCUGCAGGAGAGGCUACUUAGAGAGGCUGCAGCCUCCAUCAUCACACAACAGAUACCUGCAAUCGUGGAGGCGUGCCUGCAGGGCAGUGAAAUGCCUCUAGAUGGCGCUACGCUGAAGCAAGCGCUGCACCAGAAGGGCAUCAACCUCCGCUACCUCGGCCAGCUGACCAAGGCCAUCAGCCAAUCAGAACACAAGGAGCGGCUUAGACACAUAAUGAGGCUGGCUGUUGGAGAGAUUGUGGUUCGUUCUUCCAGAAGGAUCUUCAACAACUUCCUCCAGGGUGUGGAGGUGUCAAGUCUCUCUGCAGCUGUCAGUCACUUCCUCUGCUGCCUAUUGGUUGGCCAUUACAGCACCGCCCCCACAGGGGAGGAGCCUAAGAAGAGGUCCAGGAGGCGGGGUCGUGUGGGAGGAGCUUCAGACAGUGCUGCCUGGAGCGCGCUCAGUGGAGCCGAGCUCUGGAGCCUGAUUGGCCAGGACGCAGCAGAGACCUAUGACAUCACUCACGGCCUAGGUUCCACUGCUGACCACCUGGUAGAGAUGUAUGGGCUGCAGAAGGUCUCCCUGCUUAGAGAGUUCUGUUUGAAGACUGGAUUACAGCUGCGACUGAGAGAGUACUUCUUCGACAACCAAACUAAGGCUCCCAUUGGUCCAGAUGAUGUGCUCAACAUCUUUCCCAUUGUCAAGCAUGUCACCAUGACGACACAUGAUGCCUCGCGAGCGUUCCGAGCUGCUCAGAGUAGUGUUCAGAAAGGCAUGAUGGAGCAGGCAUAUGAGCGUCUGAAGGAGGCAGCGUACCUGUUUGGCCGUGUGUCUGACGACCUAAACGCAGAAGCCUGCUCCUGUCUAAGCCUGAUGGCCAGAGUGGCUUACCUACAAGGCCAGCCCACAGAGGCCCGCAGUGUCCAGCUCAAGGCUGUGGUCAUCAGUGAGAGAGUCCUGGGCUUUGACCACCCCAACACUAUCCAACAAUACGCUCUGUUGGCGGUAUAUGUGUUCGCUGGAGGAGAGUCUGCUCUAGCUCAGAGGUGUCUGUUCAGAGCCCGUCUCCUGAUGCUCACAGUUCAUGGAGAGGACCACCCCUACACCGCUACACUGGACAGCUGUCUAGGUUUGGUGUUGCCGAGCGAACAAGCAGGGCAGUUCCUACAGAGCGCACUCAAAAUCAACACUUCCUUCUUUGGCCCCACCGACGUGCACACUGCUCUCAGUCAGCAUCUUUUGUCCCAGUGGAUGUGUGGAGUGGGAGACUAUCGUUCUGCCAUGAACCACGAGAAAGAAGCUCUGUCUGCCUUCACUAGCCUGUAUGGUGAGGACCACCCCCAGAGACGUUGCAGCUAUGAGUUCCUGCGUUCCAUUACCCAGCAAGCAGUGCGUGUGGAACGCUCUCUGAGGCAAGGCGGGGACCCGCUCACAGCUGAGGGGCAGUCUCUGUCUCCCUCAGCUGAGACCACCCUGGAGCAGCUGGCCCUGGUCACAGGCAUCAGGACACCAAGCCACAGUGACAGGCUCCUGGAGUUCAAACAGAAGCUGAUGGAACAGAGAGAGGCAGUGGAGGCCGCUAACGCCAAACCAGACAACACACACACAGAAACAGUGAAUGGAAAGGAAGUGAAGACCCCUGAUAGAGAGAAAGAGGAGGAUGGGGUAGACCAGGAGACCACCAGCGAGGAGCUGCCAGAAGAGGCAGGUCCAGAGAAGAACACAGCUGACAAACAGACAGCGGACGGCCAUCAACUGGAGGCCACUGAGUGGUCCGUAGAUGAGGGCUCAGUAGUGGAGGGCUUAGUAGUGGAGGAGGACUCAGCAGCAGAGAGUAAAGCAGUAGAGAGUGGAGCUGUAGUAGAAUUCAGUGAGAGAGAUGGAGAUGAAGACAGAGCUGCCCCAGAGGCUGAGCAGCACACAGGGACAGAGGAUGGAGAGGCAAACCUGAUGGCUACAGAGGAAUUGCAAACUGAGCCAGUCAGAGACCAUAUAGAGGGGAGUCAGAGUCUGACACAAAAUGGAGGUUUAGAAUCUGAGGGAAACCAAUCAGACAACCUGGUGGAGGUAGCCAAUGAGAAGCCAGGGUCAGAUAAGGUCAGCGGUGUGAACGAAACACCAAGCACAAGCAAUGACCAAUCAGAGCCUCAGGAGGUCUUAGUGAACAGGGACGCCUCAACAACCAUCAGCCAAACAAAACUAACACUGGUCACAGCAGAGGGUGAGAUGCUAGCUAAUGGAACAGUGGUGUCAGAGAGGGAGGACUGAGAGAGGGAGGGACCAUCAUAAGAGACUGACAGAACAAAUGACCAUAGUGAGGAGUCAUAGGACAGACAGGUGCUGUUGAUUGAGCUAGAUCAGAAUCCUUACAGCAGAGAGCUGUGGAGGAGGAGAAAAACUAAAGCAGAAGAAGAAAGAGAAUAUAGAUGUGUACCACUGUACCAUUCUCCUUGACCUGGUGGUUUCUUUACUGAUAUUGGGAGAGGGCUACACUUUGUGGUGCUUUUUUCAAUAUGAAACAUUUUACUCUAAUUUAGUUACAGAUGGCAUAAAUCAACUGUUAUAACAGCAUAAAACUGAAUGUUUACACUUACACAACUGAAUCAAAAUAAUAAAUUCAUUGGAAAAAGA